AACGUCAGUUGAUGUAUUUUUUUUUUUUAUCCACAGAGUUAUUUAAUUUAGCAGAUUAUUCCGAAUAAUAAUCGCGAUAAUUCACAGAGGAACUCAACGAGAGGAAUGAAAUAAAACAGCGUUGUUUUUCCGUCCGUGUAUCUGCAGGACAAAAUGCUCACAUCGCUCCUGAUUUACACUUUAAUGUCACUUUUUCCUCUCGGACACGCUUCUUUGCCUCUUGUCAUUAACACAUGGCCCUUCAAGAAUGCCACAUUUACAGCGUGGAGCGUCCUGCAGGCCGGCGGCUCCGUGCUGGACGCCGUGGAGCGAGGCUGCGCCCGCUGUGAGGCGGAGCAGUGCGACGGCAGCGUGGGCUACGGCGGCAGCCCGGACGAGUCCGGGGAGACCACGCUGGACGCCAUGAUCAUGAACGGUAAUACGAUGGAAGUGGGCGCGGUGGCCGACCUGAGGAGAAUCAAGAACGCCAUCGGCGUGGCCCGGGCGGUGCUGGAGCGCACGGACCACACGCUGCUGGUGGGAGAGUCGGCGUCUGUGUUUGCCGAAAACAUGGGCUUCGUGGCAGAAGACCUGACUACCAACAAAUCUGUGAAUAUUUUCUCACAGUGGCUGAAGGGCAACUGCCAACCUAAUUAUCGAAAGAACGUGAGUCCAGAUCCUUCCACGUCCUGCGGGCCGUACAGACCCAGAUCCACGCCGACGCCCCGGCAGCAGCAGCAGAGUGAGAGGACCCGCCACGCUAACCAACGCUCCCACGACACCAUCGGAAUGGUCGUCCUCGAUGGCAGCGGUCACAUAGCUGCUGGAACGUCCACCAACGGUUUGACCCACAAGGUCCCCGGCCGUGUGGGCGACUCCCCCAUCGCGGGCGCCGGGGCGUACGCGGACAGCUCGGCCGGCGGUGCGGCCGCCACGGGGGACGGAGACGUCAUGAUGCGCUUCCUGCCAAGUUACUUGGCCGUGGAGCUGAUGAGGGCCGGGGCCGAUCCCUCGGCAGCCUGCGAGGCGGCCAUUUCCAGAAUCAAGAGGCACCACUCCCAGUUCUUCGGAGCCAUCAUCUGCGCUAACACAACAGGCCAUUAUGGUGCAGCCUGUAACAAAGUCAGCGGCUUCACUCAGUUUCACUUCAUGGUUUCGAACCCGGAGACAGACGCUCCCGUCCUGAAGUCUGUGGACUGCCUUUAACUCUUCAUCAAUGAAUGACGAGUAUGAUCUGAUUCCUGGAGCUGCCGGAUCAUUCAAGUGGUCAAACAGGCCAAAUCCAUCCCUGCAGUGAAGCACGGUGGAGGCAGCAUCACGCUGUGAGGAUGACUGCAGCAGUGUAGCGUGAAGUCCUGCUCCAGAGCACUCUGGCGAUCAGACGAGAGCGACGGUUCACAGCAGCCAGUUCAUUCCUAAUACAUCUGACAACAUUUCAAAUUAUUUCACAUUUGGAGAUAUAUUGUGCAGAAUUGAGGAAAAAACUUAAUCCAAUCCAUUUUGGAACAUAAAAUCUAGAUUAAGUGAAGCUCUGUGAAUGCUUUCCAGAUGAACUGUGUGUCUUUUUUCAUGCAUUCCUGUUAAUUUGACACAGUUUGAUGAACAUCUGCUGACAUGUAGAAAAUAAACCUGGCAGUAGCGCAGUAAUAACAACCAGCUAAGACGAAAGCCGAACUUUGUGUAUCACUCAUCAGAAACUCUCCAAUAAAUUGAACGUCAUAUUAUUAAUAGACCUUUUAUUUAUAUGAAGACAUCAGAUGACCAGGCUGUGUAGCUUCAUUUGCAGGGGAGCCGUCAGACGCCGGGUCCGUC